UCCCCUUCGCGACAUCUACACACAAUACAAUUACACAUAACUCAUUUCUUUACUCUCUCCCUCCAUCUUCUCACCUCUUUAUUCCUUUCGCUCACCAAACCCUAACCCUAACCCCUCUUUUUAUUUAUCUUCUUCUCUUCCAAUCUCAAAACCCCUGCAAACCUAACCCUAAUCUGCAAUUCUCCGAGAAAAUUGACGUCGUAAAACUUGUAUUUCCUAAAUAUCUUCAUGGAUUCGGAGCAGAGCAACCUAUAUGAAACGGCAUCGCAGCCCGACACAGGGACUGACGCCUACACUUUCUUGGAAUUCAAUACCCAGGGCGAAUCUGACUUCGACUAUUCCGAAUUUCGCUCUCCGGUGGCCUGGCCGACACCAUCGGAUUCCCUUGCGGCUACUUCCUCCUCCUCCGCCAUAGACCCCACUACGUCCGACCACCGUGCCGCUGCUUCCUCGUCCGACCAUCACUCUGAUUCCCCUGCAGCCUCCCCUGUGUCAUCCAAAGCAGCACGCAGUGGCGUUGGAGGCAAUAGUCAGGGGGUUGAUGGGAUAGUGGCUGGCAUGGGAGGGUUGAAUUUUGAGGAAACCGGGGACGAGGAUGGAUAUGAGUUCGGGAAAGGGGAUUUUACAGAACAUGCGUGUAGGUACUGUGGGGUUUCGAAUCCGGCUUGUGUCGUGAGGUGUAAUGUUCCAUCGUGUAGGAAGUGGUUUUGUAAUUCUAGAGGGAACACGUCGGGGUCCCAUAUUGUCAAUCACCUGGUUCGUGCAAAACAUAAGGAAGUUUGUCUCCAUAAAGACAGUCCUCUCGGGGAAACCAUACUUGAAUGCUACAACUGUGGAUGUCGAAAUGUUUUCCUUCUUGGAUUUAUAUCGGCCAAGACAGAAAGUGUUGUUGUUCUCCUCUGUAGGGAACCCUGCUUGAAUGUCAAUGCAUUGAAGGACAUGAACUGGGAUCUGAGUCAGUGGUGUCCCCUUAUUGAUGAUAGGUGCUUUCUACAGUGGCUUGUCAAGGUCCCUUCUGAACAGGAGCAACUGAGGGCACGCCAAAUAAGUGCUCAGCAAAUAAACAAAGUAGAAGAACUUUGGAAAACAAAUCCUGAUGCAACCCUUGAAGAUCUUGAGAAGCCUGGUGUUGAUGAUGAGCCUCAGCCUGUAGCUUUGAAGUAUGAAGACGCGUAUCAGUAUCAAAAUGUAUUUGCUCCACUAAUUAAGCUUGAGGCAGAUUAUGAUAAAAUGAUGAAAGAGUCUCAAAGCAAGGACAAUGUCACAAUACGAUGGGAUAUUGGUCUGAACAAGAAGCGAAUUGCAUAUUUUGUUUUCCCGAAGGAGGAUAAUGAGAUUCGUCUUGUACCUGGUGAUGAGUUGCGACUGCGUUAUUCUGGAGAUGCUGCUCAUCCAGCUUGGCAGUCAGUUGGGCAUGUGAUCAAGUUAACUGCACAGGAGGAAGUAGCACUUGAGCUUCGUGCUAGUCAGGGGGUUCCUGUUGAUGUGAACCAUGGCUUCAGUGUUGAUUUUGUGUGGAAGAGUACAAGCUUUGAUCGGAUGCAAGGGGCAAUGAAAACUUUUGCUGUGGAUGAAACAAGUGUUAGUGGGUAUAUAUAUCACCAUCUGUUGGGUCAUGAGGUUGAGAAUCAAAAUGUUCGUAAUACACUCCCACGUCGUUUUGGUGCUCCUGGUCUUCCAGAGCUGAAUGCAUCUCAAGUUUUUGCCGUAAAAAGUGUUCUUCAAAGACCUAUAAGCUUGAUUCAAGGUCCACCUGGCACAGGGAAAACAGUUACUUCUGCUGCCAUUGUUUAUCACAUGGCCAAACAGGGUCAGGGACAGGUUUUGGUAUGUGCCCCAAGUAAUGUGGCUGUAGACCAACUAGCUGAGAAGAUAAGUGCCACUGGCUUAAAGGUUGUUCGCCUUUGUGCUAAAUCAAGGGAAGCUGUAAGUUCGCCUGUUGAGCAUCUGACCCUCCACUAUCAGGUUAGACAUCUGGACACUUCUGAAAAGAGUGAACUUCACAAGUUACAGCAAUUGAAAGAUGAACAAGGAGAACUAUCCAGCAGUGAUGAGAAAAAAUACAAAGCACUAAAGCGAGCAACAGAGAGGGAGAUUUCUCAAAGUGCUGAUGUCAUUUGUUGCACAUGUGUUGGUGCUGGAGAUCCUCGACUGGCCAAUUUUAGGUUCCGCCAGGUGCUUAUCGAUGAGUCUACUCAGGCAACAGAACCUGAGUGUCUUAUUCCUUUAGUUCUCGGGGCAAAGCAGGUUGUCCUUGUUGGUGAUCAUUGCCAGCUUGGCCCGGUCAUUAUGUGCAAGAAAGCAGCUCGUGCAGGGCUAGCUCAGUCUCUGUUUGAACGUCUUGUUCUACUUGGUGUGAAACCUAUUAGAUUGCAGGUUCAAUAUCGCAUGCAUCCGUCUCUCUCAGAAUUUCCAUCUAACAGCUUUUACGAAGGUACCCUGCAAAAUGGAGUGACUGUGAAUGAGAGACAAUCAUCAGGAAUUGAUUUUCCUUGGCCUGUGCCUAAUCGUCCUAUGUUCUUCUACGUCCAGAUGGGACAAGAGGAAAUAAGUGCUAGUGGAACAUCCUAUCUGAACCGUACUGAGGCAGCAAAUGUUGAAAAGAUUGUAACUACUUUCUUGAGGAGUGGUGUUGUCCCUAAUCAGAUUGGGGUAAUAACACCUUAUGAAGGGCAGCGAGCAUAUAUUGUGAACUAUAUGUCAAGAAAUGGUGCUCUCAGACAGCAACUGUACAAAGAAAUUGAGGUAGCAAGUGUUGAUUCUUUUCAAGGAAGGGAGAAAGAUUACAUUAUUUUGUCUUGUGUUAGGAGUAAUGAGCAUCAGGGUAUCGGAUUUCUUAAUGAUCCUCGGAGGCUAAAUGUUGCUCUAACACGCGCUAGAUAUGGGAUUGUCAUCCUUGGGAACCCCAAAGUUCUGAGCAAACAGCCUCUAUGGAAUAGCUUAUUGACUCACUACAAGGAACACGAGUGCUUGGUUGAAGGACCUCUAAAUAACUUGAAGCAGAGUAUGGUUCAAUUUCAGAAGCCUAAGAAGAUCUAUAAUGAUAGGAGGCUCUUCUUCGGUGGUGGUCCUGGAAUUGUGUCCAAUGACAAUUUUGGUUCUGUUGCUUCAUCUAGCCCAAAUGCUGAUAGAAGAAGCUACCGUGGCAGGGGUUCAUAUAUGCCUCCUGGACCGCCUAAUGGUAACCAUAAGCCAGGUGUGCAUCCCACUGGUUUCCCGAUGCCUAGGGUUCCCAUUCCUCAAUUUCAUGGUGGUCCACCUUCUCAGCCAUAUGCUAUUCCAACUCGUGGAGCUGUUCAUGGGCCUGUUGGUGCUGUUCCUCAUGUCCCUGCGCCAGGUAGUCGAGGUUUUGGGGCUGGGCGGGGCAAUGCGGGUGCGCCUAUUGGCAGUCAUCUUCCUCAUCAGCAAAGCACACAGCAAAACAUUGGAAAUAUGGGAUCAACAUUUAACUUUCCUGCCCUGGAGAAUCCAAAUAGCCAGCCAUCUGUGGGUGCUCCACUCUCUCAGCCUGGAUAUGUUAAUAAUAUGCCGGGGCAAGGGCCGAGUCAAACAUUUCGUGAUGGAUUUUCUAUGGGGGGCAUGUCACAAGACUUUUUGGGUGAUGACUUCAAAAGCCAGGGAUCACAUGUUCCAUACAAUGUUGCUGACUUUUCCACCCAGGCAUCACAAAGUGGAUAUGCUGUUGAUUAUGUGACGCAGGGGGCACAGGGUGGGUUUCCAGGCAAUUUCAUGAAUCAGAAUUCUCAAGCUGGAUUUUCUCGCUUUGGUUCUGGAAAUGAUUUCAUGUCUCAGGACUAUAUGACUCAUGGAUCACAGGGACUGUUUACUCAGAUUGGCUUCAAUGAUCCCCCACAAGAUGAUGCAUCACAGAGUCACUUUGGCAUAGCUAAUCCAAACCCACUUCAGUCGCAGGGAUUGAUGAAUUCUCUCUACUCACAACCCUUUGCUCAUUACAACACACAGCCACUAAACUUGCAGUCUCAACAGCAGCCUCAGCAGGGCCAGGGGUCCCAAAACCAGAAAAUCCACUACAAUGGUUGAAGGGGCCAUGGAAGUUUUUUUUGGCUGUGAUGGGUUAUAGUCUUUGCAUUCAGCUUCUUGGUUUGUGCUAUCAUGUGUGCCCAAAUUUAUCUGCUGAAAGUGCAGAAAAACUUUGCCAUCUUUUUGAGGUCAGUUUGACACUCUUUCCUAAUCCAAGAUGACCUUGGAUGAUAAGAAUAAGAGAUGACAAAGAGGGCUGUGGCUAUGCUAUGGGGUCCAUAAGCAGAUGCAAAAUCUGCACAUCCGAGGCUGAGAAACAAGAAGGAUAACCCCUAUCGCCUGCUUAAAGUUUGUGUUUUGAGAAGGUAAAAAUUUAUUCCAAAGGAGAGCAUUACAUGGCAUGGUUGUGCGGAAAGGGUUCGGACAUGCAGAUAUUGGGGCAUUUUCUUUAUUUGAUUUACAGGGGAACCCCCAUUAUUUACAAAGCAGCAGUUUACCACAGAUAAUGUGUACAGCAUGACAGGGAAAGUCGCCUAACCCUUUCAGCUCCUGACAUGUAAUUAUACUCUUGUUAUAAUUGUUUAGAUGAUAAUUUCUUAGGAAUGUCCUACAGUGCAAUCCCUAAUACCCUUAUACAGUAAGAUGGAAUUGGUGCAAGUGUGAAGUUGGUUUUCAUAUCAAAAUUGGCUUUGCUUUAAAUAUUUAGUGAGCCCCAUUGUUUUAUUGGGACUAUCAGAAAGUGAAGGAUUGUACCAUUUUAAAGCUUUUUUAAAAGUAUAUAUAAAUGGUGGUGUUGGUGAUUGUGAUUA